AUGGAGGCAGCGGCGCGGAGGCGGCAGCACCCGGGAGCGGCUGGAGGCCCGGGCAUGCAGCCGGCCGCCUCCUUCCUGCAGGCCAGGCACGGCUCUGUCAAGACUGACGAGGCAGCCCGCACGCCUCCCUUCCACCUCGACCUCUGGUUCUACUUCACCCUGCAGAACUGGGUCCUGGACUUUGGCCGCCCCAUUGCCAUGCUGGUGUUCCCUCUGGAAUGGUUUCCACUCAACAAGCCCAGCGUGGGGGACUACUUCCACAUGGCCUACAACAUCAUCACACCUUUUCUCCUGCUCAAGCUCAUUGAGCGGUCCCCCCGGACCCUGCCGCGCUCCAUGAUCUAUGUCAGCAUCAUCACCUUCAUCAUGGGCGCCAGCAUCCACCUGGUGGGCGACUCCGUCAACCACCGCCUGCUCUUCAGUGGCUACCAGCACCACCUGUCCGUCCGCGAGAACCCCAUCAUCAAGAACCUCAAGCCAGAGACGCUGAUCGACUCCUUUGAGCUGCUCUACUACUACGAUGAGUACCUGGGCCACUCCAUGUGGUACAUCCCCUUCUUCCUCAUCCUGUUCAUGUACUUCAGCGGCUGCUUCACUCCCACCAAAGCUGAGAGCACAAUGCCGGGGUCAGCCCUGCUCCUGGUGGUGCCCAGUGGCCUGUACUACUGGUACCUGGUCACCGAGGGCCAGAUCUUCAUCCUCUUCAUCUUCACCUUCUUCGCCAUGCUGGCGCUCGUCCUGCACCAGAAGCGCAAGCGUCUCUUCUUGGACAGCAAUGGGCUCUUCCUCUUCUACUCCUUUGCCCUCACCCUCCUGCUUGUGGCACUCUGGGUCGCCUGGCUGUGGAAUGAUGCCGUCCUCAGGAAGAAGUAUCCUGGUGUCAUCUACGUCCCCGAGCCCUGGGCCUUCUACACCCUCCACGUCAGCAGCCAGCACUGA